GGUAGACCAGGCUAUCCUCAAACUCAUGGAGAUCCACCUGCUUCUGCCUCCCAAGUGUUGGGAUUAAAGGCAUGCUUUGGGGCCAGUCUUAACCAGGUGCAUACCCCUUCACUCCCCAGCUCCCUCCAACUGCCCAUACCCUCUUUCCUAUAACAGGGUCAUUCCCUAAUAUAGGCAACACCUAAACUGCCUGUUGGAAAGGGAAAUGCCAGGAAAGCUAGAGAGCUGUUGGAUUUCGAUAGCAGGUAUAGUGUUCAGGGAAAAGAAAUUUGGAGAGCCAGGAGCUGAAACUCCAUCAAUCUAAAACAAGACCUCUCUUUCCCAUGGACAAAUGAAUUCUCCUGGACUAACCCUCUCCUGCCCCCUCAGCCAGAUCCCAGGUUCUCAUAUCCCUUGGUGCAUGUAGGACAUGAGACAGCUCCCCCUAUGUAAACCCUCUCUGGAGCGUGUGUGGGUGGAAGAGCUGGGCUCCAUUCAUGGACCAUGGUCCAGGCAGGGGCUCCAGUUCCAGUAAGUAGGAAAAGAACUCGUCAUUUCCGGGGCCUUCACCAGGGCUUGGUGGCUCUGGGCUUUCUGAUUGGGUGGAAGUGGCCUGGGCAGGCUUGUGACCCCACGGCAGAGGAGGGGCUGUGCCCCAAGAGUGUCUUCCUACCUACCUGCUCCCCAGAGUGCGGCCUGCUGUGCACCUUGGUCCUGGAGCCCUUCUCCAGCCGGACAGAUUCCUUAGCCCACCUGUGCCCCAACCACUCUGCAGAAGUGCAAGAGUUCAAGCCGCCUCCAUGGCCCCAGGAAAGAUUCAGGGGAGAGGCCCCAUCCAGGGAGCCCCUCCAGCCAGACACCCUGGCCAGAAUGGAGCUGACUGAUCUGCUCCUAGUGGCCAUGCUUCUCCUUACUGCAAGACUAACUCUGUCCAGCCCAGCUCCUCCUGCCUGUGACCCAAGACUCCUCAAUAAACUGCUCCGUGACUCCCAUCUCCUUCACAGCCGGCUGAGUCAGUGCCCUGACAUCAACCCUUUGUCUACGCCCGUCCUGUUGCCUGCUGUGGACUUCAGCCUGGGAGAAUGGAAAGGCCAGACGGAACAGACCAAGGCACAGGACAUUCUAGGGGCAGUGACCCUUCUACUGGAGGGAGUGAUGGCAGCCCGGGCACAGCUGGAACCCUCCUGCCUCUCAUCCCUGCUGGGACAGCUUUCUGGGCAGGUUCGCCUCCUCUUGGGAGCCCUGCAAGGCCUCCUGGGAACCCAGCUUCCCCCACAGGGCAGGACCACAGCUCACAGGGAUCCCAACGCCAUCUUCGUGAACUUGCAACAACUGCUGCGAGGAAAGGUGCGCUUCCUGCUGCUGGCCGAUGGCCCCGCCCUCUGUGUCCGACGGGCUCCGCCCACCACAGCUGUCCCAAGCGGUACCUCCCAACUCCUCACCCUAAACGAGCUCCCAAACAGGACUUAUGGAUUGUUGGAGGCGAACUUCAGUGUCUUAGCCGGAACUCCUGGCCCUGGGCUUCUGAGCAGGCUUCAAGGACUCAGAACCAAGAUUGUCCCUGGCCAGCUGAAUCAAACCUCCAGGUUCCCACACCAAAUCCCUGGAUACCUCAACAGGACACACGGACUUGUGAAUGGAACUCGGGCUGCCGCCUCACUUCAGACCGUGGAAGCCCCAGACAUUCUGCCAGGAGCUUUGAACAAAGGCUCCCUGCCACUCAGCCUCCAAAGUGGAUAUCCUCCUCCUCCUCCUCCUCUCCAUGCUGAUGGACACACACUCUUCUCUCCUUCACCUACCUUGCCCACCCACAGGUCCCCACCUCAGUUCCAUGCCCCCUUUCCUGAUCCCUCCACCCCUGUGCCUAACUCUGCCAGUCCUCAUCCAAUCCCAGUGCACCCUCAUUCCCAGAAUUUGUCUCAGGAAGCAUGAGGGACAUGGGCACCGCCAGCAUCUGCAACUUCUCUCAGGCACAAGCCUCCUUCCCCAGGAGAGGCUUCGAGAGGGCACUGCAUCUGUACAUGUCUCGCUUUCCCUGGGAAAGGGGUACACAGGACAGGUUGUCAUAAAACUUUAGGAGCUAUUUUUUUUUAAACCUAUCAGCAAUAUUCAUCAGAGCAGCUAGUUAUCUUUGGUCUAUUUUCUGUAUAAAUUUGAAAAUCAUUAAUUCUCUAUAUGUGUUUUCUACAAAGGGCUAGACUGGCCUAGCCUCUGAACCGAGGGAGAGAUUAUCAUUGUAUCAGAAAACAAGAAGGUUGUUUCCUUUGCUUCAAGUUUAAGCCCCCCAGUGCCCUCAUUCCCCUCACUGUGAGGCUAAGUGAGCCUGGUCAAGGGAUGCUGGUCCUGUUAAAGGAACAGCAAGUUACCUCUCAGAAAGGCUGCCCGUUUAGAGACAAAACUGAGCCUGGAGGAGAAUGAAUGAGAGCAUGAAGAAGCCAACUAAAGUCAGGGAGGGAUGUUCUUCACUGGAACAGCAGAUCUCCUGGACCCCACCUCCCAAGAAAGCUAACAGGAAACCUGGGGAACGCCACACCCCAGGUAAGGCCGUUGCAGGCGGUUCAGUAAAGACUAGACCUGGAUGUGGCAGCUGAGCAAACAGCUAAGUGCAUCAGCAGCUCAGCAGGAGCUUAGCCAGGCCUGGGCUCCUGCUUCCCUCCUGUGGAGGUCAGGCGGAAGUGCAGGAAGUGGCAGGAGUCGGGCUCCACAGCUCACACAGCAGGACCAGCACAGAGCAGGGCAGGCAUCUAAAAAGCAGCCUUGUGUGACCACCAUGAACUCUACUGGGAACCCCCAAUAUGAAGGCAGUCUUCUGGAGUUCUGCAAGUAAGUGCUUUGUUGGUGAUAGAAGUUUACGGUGCAGAAAACCGAAAACUGUAUUGCCAGGGUCAACCUGCUAGCUACUCCAGUCUGUGAGAAGGCUUGAGAGCAUCUUCCUUACUUUUGUCCCACAGAAAAGGAGGAAAGGCUACCACAUAGGCAGAGAAGCCAGGAUCUCAAAGUUCCAAACAUUGCCACAAAAAAAGCAAGGGAAAGAUGUGCUUCACAGAGGCAACAGGUGCCCCAGAGUCUCCCCCAGAACUCUGUAUGGUAUUAUCCAUUUGUUUUACACAUGGUACCAAGGCCAGAUGGGCUUCUUAAUGCUCACACAGCCUUCAGGCAUAAAAAAGACACCCUGGGAGUUGGGGAUUUAGCUCAGUGGUAGAGAGCCCUUGCUUAGCAAGCGCAAGGCCCUGGGGCCCUGGGUUCGGUCCUCAGCUCUGGGGGGAAAAAAAAAAGACACCCAGUCUGAGUGGCAGCCCAUUCAUCUACCCAGUGUGGUGCCGUCUGAUGGGUCCUUCAGUGAGUCUGUGUAACAGAGAGACAUCCGCGUCCUUGGAGAGUAAGCACGCUCUUAAGAAGCUCUCGAGUAGAAGAGCAGAGCUUGUGGUGGGGAUGACGAUUCAGCCAUCUCCAAGUGUCCCUGUGGGCAGAACCUGAAGAAUCAACAAAUGCACAAAGCUUAAAAAAAAAGUUACAAAAAUCUCACGGUGUCAGUUUCUACACAAGAGGGAGUCGUUCAUCCACACUAAUUCUAGGAUAACGUACGUAUAAUUUGUAAUUUGCUGUAACGCUAAAGGAGGUUUACCUUUAACAUUUAAAAAUAAACGUAGGGCGAGUGAGAUGGCUCAGGAGGUGGAAGUGCUUAGUGUGCAAGCUGGUCUGAGUCUGAUGCCUGGAGCCCCCGGAACGGAAGGAACCAAUUCCCAAAAGCUGUUUUCCAAUUCCAUUAUGCACGCCAUCACAUGCUGACGCCCACACUUGCACAUACAUACACAUACACACACACACACACACACA